CAAAAGUAAUUGGAGGCGAGCAACCUGAUAAUAUUGAAAAUUUAGAUAUAGGAAAUUGGGUUAGUUCAUUAAAUAAGAGUUAUGAAAAUUGGGAUUGUAUAGAAUUUCGCGAUCCGAUUAUUAUUUUUCAGCUUUUACCUGAAAAUUUGCGUAAACGAAUCAUUAAGUCUGUUGGAAUGAAGAUUCAUUAUUUAACUACUGAAAAUCAUAAUUGUGUUUUGGAAGAAGUUAGAAAGCCAAUACAAUAUAAUUUGAAUAUACCAUCUCACGUCAAAAAUAUUAUUAAAGACAAAGAUACAGAUUGUAAAAUUUUUGCAACCGUUACGGAUAUAAUGAAAUCAAAGAAUGACUUUUUUACUUGUCAAAUCCUUUGUCCAUCAAAUGGAAAACCACCGAGUCUUAUAAUUCAUCGUGUACAAAGCUCGUUUAACAUCUUUAAAAAGCGUGAAUGUAAAUUAAAAAUUAGGUGGAUGGUAAUCGGAUAUUAUAGAGAUUUAAAUUUUGAUUUUAAUACUCGAUUCAAGGUCCAGAAAAAUGAUUUUAAUGCACCAGAUACAGAUAAUCUAAUUGAAUAUAAUUCAAAAGUCCCAAUUUGUUUAGGAACUCCUGUAUUAAACGAAUAUCCUAAAAAUGAAUCUCUUAUUAUCGGAUAUUAUUAUUAUGUUCAAGAAGAGAUGAAUAAAAUUAAGGCAUGCACAUUCGCUUAUUGUUUAGAGGAACGACGUCUACUUUUAAAUUUGCCUAAAUUUACAUUUUAUACACUUAUAAUUACAAAUUAUCAUAACAAUGGUAUUUGUGAUUUAAUUACGCUUAGAAAAAAAGGAUAUAGUAAUUUUAAUAGUGAAUCACCAAAAUUUGUUAGCAUAUAUU